CCAACUGUGAAAUGAUUGUGUCGAAUCUUUGGUGAAAUCCUGCGUGAUGUUUUUAUGCUGCGUAGUAAAUAGGUCGCCGUCAUUGCAAAGGGUCAGCGGAGGUUUUAAGGUCAAGUAGGCCAGGUCUCCGUGUCAGUAAAAGUAUAUUCGACUGGCUUUCCAGUCGUUGACUGGAGGGGGCGAAAGGUUAAGUGGGACGAUGAUGAAUGCAUUUGUUCGGAAACCUGUAUCUCACGGUUGUUAAAGUACACGUACGUACUGUAAUCGAAUUGGACGAUGAAAGACUGCACAGCGGGGCGUUGACGAAGGUACCCGAGGUGACACCAACCGCGAGUAAACCCAAUGAUGAACCUAAACAGGUAUUACGGACAACACAGACCAACACAUACAAACUUAAAUAUCGGACAGCGUAAGAAUUCCAUUGAAGGAAUUUAAUCAUGAAAAAAAAAAAUAACAGCACAGUGGGCUAACAACGACGAUACAGUUUCAACAGUAAAUGUAGGCAGACAACAAAACCUGGAAAACGCAGCAAAUAUAUGAACACAACGAUGAAUAAACAAAUAUUAUGGACAACAACACAAACCAACAUAGUAGGUUUCCUAUGACAAAACAGUUUCAAACAGUUGCUUGCUGCCUGUGGGUUUAUGUUUUAAUUUUUAUUUCUGAAUUUUCGUUCUUGGAUUUUAUUGUAUUAAAUCAAAAUUCCCCAUUCCAUGAAUCAUUUAAAGGACAACCUGUCAAGAAGCCAGACCCUAAAUGAUUACUGUUGGUGGUCCGUGAAGUUUAUCAACAAAUUCAAUGACAAUCAUUUUGUAACCGUCACAAAUUUUCGCAAUGUUUUGGACUGUGUAAAAUUUCGAUGUUGAGGUAAAAAUUAAUUUCAACUACGUCGCAGCGUGGCAUUUCCUGACAUUUCCUAACUCAAAUCACUUUUCAUAAAUACUCCCUCCCCCUUCCUUAUUGCGUACCGAGUAACAAAUACAUGUUGCUGUACUUUGCAAUAACACAGCAGAUUAAGUAAGAAGUCUCAUUCCUGCAGGCAUUGCAGUUCAUUUUUGUUUUCUAAAUCAUUCUUUGCAGAGAAAUAAAUAGUACCACCAAUUAUUAUAAACAUCAAAACUUUUAUCAAUCACCUCAACGGAAAUAAAAUCGAACGAAACAUGCGAGAUAUUUAGUUACCGGUACUGCACAUCACAAAGUGUGCGUAGUAUGUUUUAGUAAUUCGGUACCUACUCAAUAAGGAAAACACACACAAAAAGUGACUUAACAGUCUUUUAGUUACGAAAUGUCAGGAAAUUCCACGUCAUUUUGCAACAACCAAAACAUCGCGGAAAUGGUGCUUGGAUCACAUCUUAUGAGGAAUAAGAAUUUCGGUCGUUAAAAAACCGCUACUUCCAUAAGAUACAGUCCUUUAAAACCGCUUACACAACUUCACCCAAUAUUCUGGGCGUUCCGCGAGCAUGGUGCACACCAUGAGCUGGACAAAAAGCAGUGUCACACCGCAACCAUCUACAUUGUUAGAAACUACAGUAAAUCUACGAACUUUUCAACGUAGACCUCGAAUAAACGAAGAGUUCUUCGUAUUAUAAAAUAACAGAAUCUUCUUAGAAACCACGCCGUAUUUUGGUUUUCAUUGUUGUAUGUUUUGUUCUAAACAAAGAUAAACUAAUACGUGGACAUAAUAAGAGUAUUCUUAACAUGUUUCUGAAAGGUUUGUUAAUAUACCGAGAAUUAUCUUUUGUUUUCAUGUCCAAAGACAGUGAAUUCAUUGAUCGUAAAUUUAUGAAGAUCCCUGGAUAAUGUGUAACCAGUGUUCUUCAGAAAUUGAAGGUGAAAAUUUUAAACAGUGCAAUCACAUUGGUUACAAUACGAAUCACAAUCGUCCUUGAAGGAAUGUAUCUGGGAUGGCUCUGAUACUGUUACCGUGAUGGCCUACCGUCUUUAUUGACCAAUUCCGUAAAACCUAAUGCGGUAAUGCGGAUAUCAAGGAAGACUACCUACUGCAUGUGCAAGGUACCCAUAUAUUCUCGUUAUAAAGUUCCUGAAGUUAAUUUACGAGUGCUGAGCUUGUCGGAGCUGUUUAACAAUCGCGUGUGUUCGGGCAGCAAGAAAAGGUUCAGCUGGCAAAACCGUGACGUCUUAGGGCCGGUUUCACCAGUCGAGUUGAAAAUCCCGAUGAUGUUAUCGAGAUAAAAAGUUAAUCUUCCAUUUCUAUCUCGAUAAAGUUAUAUGUGUUUCACCACAUAUUAUCUUUCUCUGAGAAAAUCGAGAUAAGUUUAACUCGAUCUUCUGAAAUUAUCGCGAUUUUCUGUUUGUAAACACCUUUCGUUAUCAAAGUUUGGCUAGAAAUUUCGUAGGCUAUUAUGGCGAGCCAAGGCUGUAAUUUGUCAAAGAAGCAGAGAAAUAAAAAUACAUCGCAGCAGGAGAAAUACAUUCUUUUAGAUUUAGUAACUGAACAUUUCAAUAUCAUUGAAAAUAAAAAAACAGAUGGUGUUUCACAGCAACAAAAAAUGAAGCAGUGGCAAAUACUUGCAGAUACUUUCAAUUGUAUGUCUGGAGAACAUCACAGGACUGCAGAAAAUUUAAAAGCGGUGUGGGAGAAUCUCAAAAAGCACACGCGAAAGACUUCUGCUGAUCAACGAGUUCAAGUAUUAACUGGAACAGGUGGAGGUCCUUCAAAAACAGUUAGUAAGGAUCCCAUUUGUGAGAGAGUGCAGAGCCUAAUCAAACCGACUAUCGAUGGUGCCAAGAAUCCCUUCGAUUCAGAUUCAGAUGCAAUAAUAUUACCAUUUGAUGCAUCAAAUAGGCCUACUGAUGAGGAUGACAGCAUUCAACUGGAUGUCGGAGCAGAAGUGGAUGUUUCUUUCGUGGAGACGGCAGAGACAGUAACUCUUCCAAAUGGCGACUGGACGCAUUAUACUCCAGCCAUGCUCAGCAGUCCUGUGUGUUCUGCCCUUCGACACUCCAAUAACAACUCGGCUAUCACAAACACAGUGCAGACCAAUACUACUGAUUCAUGCAGUGCAAGUAGUGGGAAGGCAAUGCCUCCUAGCAGUAGGGGAAAUGCUUCAGUGCAAUCUCCCUUUACUAGCAAGCGGCGACCAACCCCGGCCACCAAAGUGAAAGAAGUAAGUGCUGUCAAUGCAGCAAAAAUCGAACUAAUUGAACUUGCAAAAAAACAUGCAAUCGAGGAAAAAGAAGUUAUGAAAGAAAUCUGGGAACUGCGGUUACAACAAGAACGAGAAAAAGUAAAGCAGGAAAAGCUGCAAACUGAACUUUUAUCUUUACAAAUCUUGAAAAUAAAGAAAGAACUAGAACAUUUGCAGUAAUUUAAUUGUUCUUAUGUAUUAAACAUUUGCUCAACUAUCAUGACAUAAUUGUUAUAUAUUACAUGUAUAUUUACAAAGUGAUAUUCAUUGUGCCUAUUAACAAACAGUUUCAAGUACAAAUGUUAAGAAUUAUAUAAAAGAUAAUACAUGUUCGCUUAUGUCACAUUAUUUUGUAUGAUCUAAGCAGUUGUACAAUGCAAAUGUAUUAAAAUAUUCCAUACAUCUUGCUAUAUGUAGUUAUUUUCACCAGCAAAUCUUCAAGUUGAUGGCAUCUCUGUGUGACAUAUAGAUCAGUAUGACCUACAACAAACUGAAAAUACACAGAGUGAUAAAUAAUCGUAUCUUAAAUAAGUAUUACAACACACACACAUAUAUAGGUAUUUAAUUAUAGGUAUAUGUAAAUUUCAUUUACCUCCUGAAAUAGUUUUCA